UUUCAAAUCCAAUAUUUUAUUUAGUAAGAAUAUUUUUGGGAUAAAUUACAAGAUUGGCCACUGGGAUUACUAAAAAAGUUCAUGUUUGGUCACUAAAAAUAAUUAAUUCCAUUCAUAGUCAUUAAAAUUAGACAAACAGUCCAAAUUUGGUCACUCUCCGUUACCUUCCGUCCGUCUCCGUUAACACUGUUAAUUUUUUGCUGACGUGGUUUAACAGAAUGUUGAGUCACUUAAUUUUAGUCCUAAAAAAAUAGAAACCUAACCUCCACAUCAGAAUAAUCUCCACGUCGAACCCACUGAUGACCCAACCAAACCCCUAACCCAACCCCGCUUCUUGACCUUCCCUCUCCCCGAGUUCCCCUCCACUUCAAGAACCCAACCUUCUCGGUAUCCGAUAUCCAACCCGCCACCAUUACAGAGAUCUUGGACCUUAAAAUCGGCUCCGGCGUUCCCAGAGUUCCACUAUGCGUCAACAACCCAAACUACAUUUCUAUUUUUUCGAACCACGACAUAUUUGAAAAAGGAGAAGAGGUGAGAGGAAACGCUCUCUGCGUUUAUUAACGAGUGAGUCGCCACCCUUACCUUCCAGAUAUGUUCGUGGGACGCUCCCUUUUAGCGAGCGACGCCGCCGAAUCGUCCCUGAACGAAAGGCUGAACUAUUUCGAUGAGCUCCGAUCCGUUGUCAGCCUCCUGGACGGCGAAACUGGUGGCGCAGCGGGGUCGACGAGUUGGGAAAUUGCUUUCUUCCUCACAUGGCAGGAUGAACCAUCCCCGCCCCAAGUCCUCGCCGGCUCUCUCUGAUUUCCAGGCCAUCAGACGCGAGACGACAGUGGAUCCAGCUCUCACGAACCCAGAACUGCCUGAAGAAAGGUAGAACUCGAGCGUCGCCUCCAGUCCUUGGAUUGUCGCUGGGAUUGGCCAGUAGAUCUGGGACUGUAAGGUAGCAGAUCUGUUACCGCGAUUGUCGCCGGGAUAGGGUGGUUGAGAUUGUCACCGGGAGUGGAUUUGGAUGAAAGUUGCCAAGAUUCCCGUAGGGAUUGGGGUUGGGAAGAACGGGAUUCGGAAAUUUGGAGGGUUUUUUUGUUUUCUGGGUAUGGAUUCGAGGAUGAAAACUUGCCAAGAAGUUGAGGGAAGAUGGGUUUCUGAUUUGGAAAAAAAAAGGAUAAAUGUAAUUGUUUCGA